AUUGAUGACGCGGCCCUCACGUGACCAGCAGUCGACGUGUGCAGAAGUCCUUAUAGUCUAGGCCCAGUUCCUCAGUAGCAGCUCAGUCCUGCUAGAGAAGAGUGGACCUGCUACUUCCAGGACUCUUGAUCUUUUGAGCGCGACAUAAAUCGAGGUGCAAGAAGAGAGGAAAAUCUCCAGAUACCUACAGAAGGCCCCUGCAGAUCGUGCUGCGGAAAUCGGGUGAAGGAAGGAAAGGGAGAGGCUAAAGAUAUUUAAAAGAGAGAGGAGACCGCGGACCAGACUGUUGCUGGAUUAAUUCAUUAAGAAAAAAUAAUCAACAUGCAAAAGUCUUGUGACGAGAACGAAGGAACACCCCAGAACACACCAAAAGCAGAUGAAGGCCAUCCUUCAGAAGAUCCACCACAGCAGGCAGAAGAAAAUCUUCAGGCUUCUGGAGAAAAUGUGAGGGAGGAAACUGACGGAAGCCUUAGAGGAGGAGAGCCUGCUGAACCCAGCCCAGAGCCUAAAGAGGACACUCCCACAAGGCAUCUGAACCCUGAAGAAGUGAUAAGAGGAGUAGAUGAGUUGGAAAGGCUUAGGGAAGAGAUAAGAAGAGUAAGAAACAAGUUUGUGUUGAUGCAUUGGAAGCAAAGACAUUCCCGAAGCCGACCUUACCCUGUGUGCUUCAGGCCUUGAAAUCGUUUUUCUCUGAUAUUGAAAUGUGGCUGCUUUCUUUCUCUUAGCAUUUUCUGUUGUUUCUUUGAACUUCAUUUUACUUUUAAUAAUAAUUACCUGGUGGUAUUUUCUUUUAUGUAGUUUCGUUGUUACCAGCAUCUCAUUGGAUUUUGGAUUUUGACCCAUUUUCCACGUUUAUCUUUCAGUUGGAAAGUUUCACACGUAUGCAUGGAAAUACAGUUAAACAGCAGAUUGAAAAGCAGCGUAUUUAGGAUCAGCUCACAUAUAUAGGAAAACUCCUAAUUAUGUGUGUACAUGUAUAAUUAUACGUAUCAAAAACCUUAACCAUGCUUAUUUUUGGUGUGUUUUAAUUUUGCCUUUUGCUUAUGUUGAUUUUUUUAAUGAAUACGUGUCUCACAAAGAACUGCAGAUUUUUUAAUAAGUGGGAGUUAAUUAAAAUUAAUUUGUAACCAGCUUGUAGAGGCAAUAAAGGUACUAAACUCUUGAUGAACUAUUAAAAAAGAAAUGUAAACCUGGAAUUACCUCUGGAUUGCUUAGCCAGAGGAAUAAAACUGGCAAUCAUUAUAGAC